AAGAACUGCAGGGUUACCAUUCUCCCUGCACACCCGUCUGGAGGAGACUUCUAAAGCAUUUUCUUCUCGAGUAGAGUUGCUUUCAUGGCUGGUGAAGAUGUGUCUGUGGAUAUGGCGAUGGAGCAAACUGUGGGGGAGCCUGCUGGAAGCCCCAAGCAAUCCUUCUUGGCAACUCUGAGUGAUCCCCGGGUCACCCUGCUCUCUGUCUGCAAGCAGUGGUCAUUCAGGAGAAGUCCCAGCACCCAGACCUCUGUCCUGCCACUGUCCUCACAGGAGGGACGCUUGGCACAAAAGGGUUUGAAUGGAAGUCGGGAAAUUGGUUCCAAUCAGAUCUUUUCUAACUUCUCCAUACCUGCCUGGGAACCAGCAAUGAAGCAGAACUUUGCAUUUGACAACAUUGGCUAUGAAGACAGUCUAGAAGGUGUGUGUCCUACCCAGGCCACCACUGGUGUCAUCAGCAUUCAGGGUAUGACCUGCCAGUCAUGUGUCCAGUCCAUCGAGGGCAGGAUCAUCAGCCUGAAGGGCAUCACGAACAUCAAGGUUUCCCUUGAACAAGGCAGUGCAAUGGUGGAAUACCUGCCGUCAGUCCUGAGCCUGCAGCAGAUCUGUCAUCACAUUGAGGACAUGGGCUUUGAGGCCUGGCCUGCACAGGGGAAGUCUGCCUCCUGGCCUUCGAGGUCCGAGCCAGCCCUGGAGGCUGUGGUCAAGCUUCGGGUGGAGGGCAUGACCUGCCAGUCCUGCGUCAACUCCAUUGAAGGUAAAAUUGGGAAGCUGCAAGGUGUGGUAAGGAUCAGGGUCUCUCUUGGCAACCAGGAAGCUGUCAUUACCUACCAACCUUAUCUCAUCCAGCCCCAAGUUCUCAGAGACCAUGUGAACGACAUGGGUUUUGAAGCUGUGAUUAAGAACAAAGGGACUCCCUUAAGCCUGGGACCCAUUGAUAUCCAGCGGUUAAAAGGCAACAGUUCAACGACACCUCUAUCGUUUGCCAACCAGAAUUUCAGUAACAGUGAGACCUUGGGGAACCCAGGGACUUCUGUGGUGCCUCUGCAGCUGAGAAUCGAGGGCAUGCACUGUAAGUCUUGUGUCCUGAAUAUCGAAGAGAACAUAGGCCGGCUCGCAGGGGUCCAGAAUAUCCAAGUGUCCUUGGAGAGCAAAGCAGCUCAUGUACAGUAUGACCCUGCCCGUGUCUCCCCAGAAGCCCUGCAGAGAGCCAUUGAGAUGCUGCCUCCAGGGAAAUUUCAAGUUUUCUUUCCAGAUGGGAGCAAGACACAUGGCAGGUCUCCAGGCCACUCUCUGGCACACCCCCAGCACUCCUCAGUGCAGGAUACAUGCUGUACCACGAGGCUUGCCAUUGUUGGCAUGACUUGUAUGUCCUGUGUCCAGACCAUUGAAGGCGUGAUCUCUCAGAAGAAAGGGGUGCGACAAAUACUGGUCUCCCUGGUUGAAAGAACUGGAACAAUUCUCUACAAUCCCUUUGUGAUUAGUCCCGAAGAACUUCGAACUGCUGUCGAAGACAUGGGAUUUGAAGCGUCUGUCAUUUCUGACAAUUCUUCUAACAACCAUGUUGGGAACCACAGUGACGGGAAAUCAAUAGUGCAAACUACAGCUGGCACACCCAUGUCUCAACCGGAAGUAGCUUCCCAGGCUGGAGGGCUCUCUGAAACUCAUAGCCCUGCCCACUCACCCAAGGCCCUAAAUACCUCAGUGGCAAUGGCAUCUCAGAAGUGCUUUCUACAAAUCACGGGCAUGACCUGUGCAUCCUGUGUGUCUAACAUAGAAAGGAAUCUGCAAAAGGAAGUGGGGAUUCUAUCUGUGCUGGUUGCCCUGAUGGCUGGGAAGGCAGAAGUGAAGUAUAAUCCAGAAGUCAUCCAGCCCCUUGAGAUAGCUCAACUUGUCCAGGACUUGGGCUUUGAGGCAUCAGUAUUGGAAGACUAUACAGGCUCGGAUGGGGACCUUGAACUGAUCGUCACAGGGAUGACCUGCGCUUCCUGUGUUCACAAUAUCGAGUCUAAACUCAUGAGGACAAAGGGCAUCACAUACGCCACUGUGGCUCUUGCCACCAGUAAAGCCCAUGUCAAGUUUGAUCCUGAAAUGAUUGGCCCACGGGAUAUUGUCAAAAUUAUUGAGGAGAUCGGCUUUCGUGCUUCCCCAGCUCAGAGAAGUCCUGGAGCACAUCACUUGGACCACAAGAUGGAAAUAAAGCGGUGGAAGAAGUCUUUCUUGUGCAGCUUGGUGUUUGGCAUCCCUGUUAUGGGGCUAAUGAUCUACAUGCUGAUCCCCAGCAACAAGCCCCACGAGUCCAUGGUCCUGGACCAAAACAUCAUUCCCGGACUGUCCAUUCUAAAUCUCAUCUUCUUCAUCUUGUGUACUUUUGUCCAGUUCCUGGGUGGCUGGUACUUCUAUGUUCAGUGCCUAUAGAAUCGUCUGAAGCACAGGACAGCCAACAUGGAUGGCGUCAUGCGUGCUGGGGGGCCCACAAGCAUUGCCUAUGUCUACUCCCUGGUCAUCCUGGUGGUGGCCAUGGCCGAGAAGGCGGAGAGGAGCCCCGUGACCUUCUUUGACACACCCCCAAUGCUCUUUGUGUUCAUUGCCCUGGGGCGAUGGCUUGGGAGCACAUAGCGAAGCAAAACCUCGGAAGCCCUUGCCAAACUCAUGUCUCUUCAAGCCACAGAAGCCACAGUUGUGACCCUUGGAAAGGACAGCUUAAUCAUCAGAGAGGAGCAAGUGCCCAUGGAGCUGGUGCAGCGGGGAGAUAUCAUCAAGGUGGUACCAGGGGGCAAGUUCCCAGUUGAUGGGAAAGUCUUGGAAGGCAAUACCAUGGCUGAUGAGUCCCUCAUCACAGGAGAAGCCAUGCCUGUGACCAAGAAACCUGGCAGCACUGUGAUUGCUGGAUCCAUCAAUGCCCAUGGCUCUGUGCUUGUGAAUGCCACACAUGUGGGCAAUGAUACCACUUUGGCCCAGAUAGUAAAACUAGUGGAAGAAGCUCAGAUGUCAAAGGCACCCAUUCAGCAACUGGCUGACCGGUUUAGUGGCUACUUUGUCCCAUUUAUCAUCAUCAUUUCAACGUUGACGUUGGUGGUAUGGAUAAUAAUCGGUUUUGUCGAUUUUGGUGUUGUUCAGAAAUAUUUUCCUGCCCCAAGCAAGCACCUGUCCCAGGCAGAGGUGAUCAUUCGCUUUGCAUUCCAGACAUCCAUAACAGUGCUGUGCAUCGCCUGCCCCUGCUCACUGGGCCUGGCCACACCCACGGCAGUCAUGGUGGGCACCGGUGUAGCUGCACAGAAUGGAAUCCUCAUCAAGGGGGGCAAGCCGCUGGAGAUGGCCCACAAGAUAAAGACCGUGAUGUUUGACAAAACUGGCACCAUUACCCAUGGAGUGCCCAAAGUCAUGCGGGUCCUACUGCUGGUGGACAUGGCCACACUGCCCCUCAGGAAAGUCCUGGCUGUGGUGGGGACAGCAGAGGCUAGCAGUGAGCACCCAUUAGGUGUGGCUGUCACCAAGUAUUGCAAAGAGGAACUAGGGACAGAAACCCUGGGAUACUGUACAGACUUCCAGGCUGUGCCAGGCUGUGGAAUCGGCUGCAAAGUGGGUAGUGUGGAAGGCAUCUUGGGCCAGAGCGAGCCCCCUAGAUCCCAGCAGUCGACUCACCUGAAUGGCCUUGGCAGUGUUCCUGCAGAAACAGAUGGGUCCCCACACACCUUUUCUGUGCUCAUUGGAAACCGUGAAUGGAUGAGGCGCAAUGGCUUGACCAUCUCCCGGGAUGUCAGCGACACGAUGACAGAUCACGAGAUGAAGGGCCAGACAGCCAUCCUAGUGGCUAUUGAUGGUGUGCUCUGCGCGAUGAUUGCUAUCGCUGAUGCUGUCAAGCAGGAAGCGGCGCUGGCCGUGCACACGCUGAAGAAUAUGGGUGUGGAUGUGGUCCUGAUCACAGGUGACAACCGGAAGACAGCCAGAGCCAUUGCCACUCAGGUUGGCAUCAACAAGGUAUUUGCGGAAGUUCUGCCUUCUCACAAGGUGGCCAAGGUGCAGGAGCUGCAGAACACAGGCAAGAGAGUGGCCAUGGUGGGCGAUGGGGUCAACGACUCACCAGCUCUGGCUGGGGCUGAUGUAGGCAUUGCCAUUGGGACAGGCACCGACGUUGCUAUUGAGGCGGCUGAUGUGGUCCUCAUCAGAAACGACUUGCUGGAUGUGGUAGCCAGCAUUCACCUCUCCAAGAGGACCGUCUGGAGGAUCCGCCUCAACCUGGUGUUAGCACUCAUCUACAACCUGGUGGGGAUCCCCAUUGCUGCAGGUGUCUUCAUGCCUGUGGGUAUCGUGCUACAGCCAUGGAUGGGCUCAGCAGCCAUGGCAGCCUCCUCCGUGUCUGUGGUCCUCUCGUCAUUACAGCUCAAGUGCUACCGGAAACCUGACCAAGAGUGGUAUGAGGCACAGGCCCAUGGGCGCAUGCGGCCACUGAGCGCAUCCCAAGUCAGUGUGCACGUUGGCUUGGAUGACCGCCGGCGGGACUCCCCCAGGGCUGCGGCCUGGGACCAGAUCAGCUACAUCAGCCAGGUGUCAUUGUCCUCUCUGAAGUCUGACAAGCUGUCCCGGCAUAGUGCCAGGGCCGAAGACACCAGGGACAAGUGGUCCCUGCUCCUGAAUGACAGGGACGAGGAGCAGUGCAUCUGAGAGCACACCCCGCUUGCCCAGGACCCCUUUCCUAGACAAGUCGCCACAGGCUGUAUCCAUGGAUGAGCCAUGCAGGGAGGAGUGGCAGCGGCCCUCUGCAGCCUUGGGGACACCCACCAGGAGAAUUUUGCGGGUGUCCACAGUUAGCUCUCUCUAUAGCACAGGGGCUCGUGGGACACCUGCUGGAAGGAAGAACCGGCCACUAUCAGCCCUUCUCAGCCUCCUUAAGUCCCUGCUGAUGAAGGUGGACAAUCUCAGAAGCCAGAACCUCUCCAUAGAGUGCCCUAGACCUCCAGGCCCAGCUCUUUCUGACAGCACUGAGACCAUAGUUUACCUCAAGCCA